UUGUGACAACUUCGGGUGUGUCCGUCCGUAAACGAAAAACUUUUCAGGCAGCUUUUAUGAAUUAAUUAUGGUAAAUUAGUUAAUAAAUUACAUCCACAAUGAAAGUGCUUUGUAAAAUAGUAUUGAUAUCUACAGCUUUAGCUUCAGUGUCAGGAAGCGGAGGAAUCAAUGAGGUGUUUGUGCCGCCUAAGGUGGAAGGGCAAGACGUAGUGUCAUGGUGUACUACGUCUAUAGCGGCGCAGGAGAAAUGUGAAAAGUUGACGAAGAUUGCUCAGUUGGACAAAGGCUUGCUCGGAGCUGAUUAUAUUGAAAUACAGUGUAAACGGGCUUUUGACACUGAACAAUGUAUGGUCUGGGUGGACGAAGGAGAAGCCUCACUACUGGCUCUGGAUGCAGGGGAAGUGUAUGUGGCUGGCCGCUACCACUCUCUUGUGCCUAUUAUGCAAGAAUUAUAUGGCCGCGGAGAACCAUACCAGUAUGCAGUGGCCGUAGUCAACAAAGGAUCCUUGCCUAACAUCCAAGCCGGCACAGGGCUGUACGGACUGCGAGGGGCAAAGGCCUGCUUCCCUGGUGUUGGUUCCUUGGCUGGAUGGGUCAUGCCUAUACAUACUCUUAUGCAAGAAGGAGGGCUCCGGAUAGCAGAUUGCAACAACCACGUCAAGUCAGCGAUUGAAUUCUUCGGAGACUCUUGCGCGCCAAACUCGCUGAAGGACUUGUACAACCCCAUUGGAGACAACCCUGACCAGCUAUGCAAACUCUGCAUUGGAGGCGCCGGAGUCCGCUGCACUUUAGCGGACCCGUACGCCGGUUACGAAGGCGCCCUGAAGUGUCUCGUCGCUAAUGGCACUGGCGACAUUGCCUUCGUGCGAGACACCACUAUACAGCACGCGUUACUGUCUAAUAAGAUUCUAGGAGACGUGUCCCCGGAGCGCUUCGAGCUGAUCUGCCGCGACGGCUCCCGGCGCCCUGUAACGCAGUGGGAGGACUGCAACUGGGGCCGUGUACCUGCUGAUGCCGUAGUCACCACCAGUGCUGCUUCGCUACAACAGAGAAAACGCUACCAAAACUUAAUCCAAAAGCUAGUCCAACUAUACGGAGAGCCCAAUCCCCUGAACAAGAACUCGAACCGCACCGCUACCUACCAAUCUCGAGAUGGCUACGGGAACCCAUACACUUCUUCUACCACGGAGCGAUAUUCGUACGACCCGUACAGAAGGAACUACAAUGAUAGGAGCUACGAGAGGGUUGAUAAUGAAGAUAAUGAGUUGAGCAUUAGCACUGAAUCGUCGUUCCAGCCUAGAAAGGAUAUAAACGGGUACAAUAUUGAGUCUUCCUUCCGGUUGUUCAAUUCUAAUAGCACCACGGAUUUACUGCUGCAGGACGCAACAAUAAACUUCCGCAUACUAAAAGAAGAAGAGCAAGCAGCUAAGCACAUUUUAAACAACCCAUACGUCGGCGAUCAGGCGGAGAAAGCUGUCGUUGGCAUCAGAAACUGUCCCAUCAAGAGGAUGAUACUGUGUGUUACGAGCGACGCUGAGAUGGACAAGUGUGUCAAAAUGAGGGUGGCCCUAAAAGCAGCAUACCUCCAACCUCCGCUAAUCUGCUGGCGCGGGCACAGCACACGGCACUGCGAGCGCUCCGUCGCUUCAGGAGUAGCUGACGUGGCCGUUAUGGACCCGGGAGACAUGCUACACGCCGCCAUGACACACAGACUAGUGCCCUUCAUGCAGGAGAUCUACUCAAGCGGCAAGAACUGGUACUACGCAGUGGCCGUCGCAAAAGAACAGGACCCGGACACAGAUCUGACAUAUCUUCGUGGCAAGAACUCUUGUCACACCGGUUUGGGACAAGCUGCCGGUUGGAUCUUCCCGCUGGCCUAUCUCAUCUCUAAUGGAUGGAUUCGUUCAUAUGGCUGUGACGGCGCGCAUGCAGCGGCCCAAUACUUCACCAAGUCCUGUGCUCCAGGAGCUUUGAGCACAGAAUACGUUGACGCUAACACCGUGCCACACGACAACUUGUGCCAUCUCUGCCACGGCGCUGCGUUUAGACGCUGCCGCCGCGACGCAAGCGAAGAUUACUACGGUCACGUGGGCGCCGUCCGGUGCAUGGUCGAAGGAGGUGGUGACGUGGCGUUCGUGCGACACACAGCCACCGCUGAGGUGUCAGGCGGACGCCGCAGCGAGUGGUGGGCGAGGGACUUGCUGCCUGAUGAUCUACAGCUGCUGUGUCCUGAUGGAACCCGUGCGAAAAUGCACGAGUACAAGCACUGCAACCUGGGCAAGGUCCCGGGUUCGGUUCUCAUGGGCCGCGCGAACCACACCGAGCUCGACACUUAUUCCAAUCUCAUGGUCUAUGCUCAGCAGUUAUAUGGAGCCACGGCGACUGAUGAGUUCAGCUUCAGCAUGUUCGACUCAAAACCCCCUUACUCGGACCUCAUCUUCAGCGACGCGGCCGUCCAACUGAAGCCCCUCCCGCACAAAGAGCGCUCCGCAGAGCUCAUCGCCGGCCCCGCGCUGCUCCGAGCGGCGAAGAUAGUCUCCUGCGACGCGCCGCAGUCGGCGUACUAUGUAGCGGCCGAUGCCGACUUCUUGUCCCAUGCUUAUAGGACGGGGAUGGUGGGAUAUGUACUAGCUGUAGCCUUGUUUUUAGUAGCACUACUUCGAUAAGUAACUAUCACAUUUAGGAUAUCUGUGUUUAUAGUAUUUUAGCUAUAUUAGCCGAGAUGUCCAAUAGAGAAAACAUUCUAGUAGGAUCAACAUAAUUUCUAUGUUAUCAUUUCCCCAAGUUAUGAUGCCGUAACACAUGAUACAGUGAAAGUAACUAAAGUAAACUAUUGCCGAGUUGCGAUAUGAAUGGUUCAUCGAGAAUAUUAAAAUAGUCAAAUGAUAUUAAUAUUACGAUAUAACGCCAACACAAUCGCACAGUAGUUUUUAGGGUUUAUAAUUGAUCUAUUUUAAAUACAGAUAUGGUUUUUAUGUAAGUAAUAAUUGUGUGUUGCUAGCUAAAAUAUGAAUCCGUCCCAAAUGAUUUAGUAUUAUGUAGUGAAUUCAAUUUCAGAAUUAGAAUUAGACUACGUAUAAUAAGAGUAUGUAUCGCCGUAUGGUACAGUCGGGUCCGUUUAGACGUACACAGUUACGAGAACAAAUAUAUCAGAACACUCAAAAGCAUAAAAGCGUGUUUAAGAUAUUCGAGUUCGCGCAAGUGUAUAGAUAUAAACGAACUCGGCUGGACAAUGUUAUACUUUAUACAUAUACAGCUUGAAAACAAACAUGUUUACACAUCAAUUUCAUAUAUUUUUAAUCUAGUGCUGAGUAUCACAUCAUGUAUAUUAUUUUACAAACUUAAGUUAGUUUUUUUUACAUUGUUGACUGAACAUACUUAUUUUUAUGUACCUAUGUGCCUUUAUAGUGAUAUAGACAUGCAUUUUUGGAAUAUAGUUCUGAGGUAGCUUAGGUAGAAAUAUAGUAAGUU